CUUGUUCUUAUAAUAAUAAUCUCCAACUAAUAUGUCUUCUAGAAGCCCGAAUACACAAGAGGAUCAGAAGCGCUCGACUGAGCCUUCUUAUGCCCUUAAUAAUGAUGGGAUUACUGAUAAUUCAGAGCAGGGGUUAUCCCGUCAGGAUAACCGCUUCUCUUUCAACUCAGAGUCCACCAACUUUAAGCGCAAUAAGUUCUCCAGAGAGGUAGACCUUUCUGAUGACGAACUUAUGUUCGAUAAAGAUGCAUUAGCAAAGAACCAGGAUAGAGAUUCUUUCAAUUAUAUCAACCAGAAGAUCAAGGCAGCCCAAGAUGGCACUAAUGCAUCUGAAACUGUGUUCCAGUUAUUGGAAGAGGAGGAUGAACUAGCCAUUUAUGGCUUUUUCAAAGAUAGUCAUGUUGACAUUACAACUUUAGUGGACUCAAGAGGAUAUACUGUUUUGCAUAUCGUUGCGUUUAAAGGACUUGAAGCUAUCUGUGCUCGUGUAAUUCAAAUUGCUCAAGAAAAAUCUUGUUAUGGCCUAACUGAAAAAGAUAAGGUAAAGAAACUUAAAAUCUGGGCCAACCUUAAAACAAAUGAAGACGAGUUUAGUGCUCUCCAUAUGGCUUCCUUCAGCGGAAAAUUUUCCAUUGUAAAAAUGCUCAUUGAUAUCAAAGCAAACAUUUUUGCUUUGAAUAAAGAUGGGCUGAAUAUGCUCCACACUGCAGCUCAAGGAGACCAAGCUUUCAUGCUUUAUUACUUCAAAAAUCUCGAACUAGACAUUAAUAGUAAGGAUAAUAGAGGCUCGACACCUCUGCACUGGGCUUGAUUCUCAAAGUCUGAAGUAGCUAUCAGCUACCUUCUAGCUUGGGAUAUUAAAAUUAAUGAACCAGAUCAGAGAGGGCUGACUCCUCUCCAUUUAGCUGUGAAAGCAGUGAAUGAUUUGAAUACGACAAGACCAGUAAGAGCUCUUCUCAUAAACGGUGCUUCCAGAAAAGUGGAGGAUAAGAUCAAGAGAAAGCCCAUUGACCUCAUAGACGAGGUUAAUGACCCUAAGCUAAGAAUUGAGCUGAAGAAUAUCUUGAAAACUCCUUCUCCAUUUGACUGACUGAUGUUAAAGACACCUUUGAAGAAAGUUAGAAAGAAUCCAUUUCAGAUAAUGUUGUAUAUCCUAUUCUUUUUGGUAAUCAAUACCGUUCUUUUCUUAUACAUAUUCCCUGUUACACUCAACUAUGACACAGAGCAUUUCAUGAUGUAUGGCAUCGGAGGCUUUGGAGUUCUCUCCUUGCUGCUCUUAAUAUGGUGAUCUUGUAGUAACCCUGGAUUUUUGGAGACUCCAAAAAUAGAUUUUGCUACUUUAUUGGAUAAGCUAGAUCCCACCAUGCUCUGCCCUGAAUGAGAAGUGAUCAGGACUCCGAGAUCUCGCCAUUGCAGCAUUUGUAAUCGCUGAGUAGAAAGGUUUGAUCAUCAUUGCCCAUGGGUGAAUAACUGAGUUGGUGUUAAAAAUCAUAGAUCUUUUAUGUUAUUCCUAUUCUUUACUGAAAUCUCCUUAGCCCUCAUAAUUGUCUACACAGCUUUCAAAUUCAAUACAUAUAACUUGGAUAUGAAAGCUAAUUAUGACGAGAGUGAUGGUCUCUGGCUCUUCUUUGUCCCCAGAUAUUUCCCAGAAUCGAUGUUCAGCAGAACAGCUGUGAAAUGGGUAAAAAUAGGAAUUUUCAUCUUCUGAGGAUUAUUUAUCUUACCCUUAUUUUUAUUAUUGGCUGUUCAAGUUAGGAAUUUCUGUGCUGCUAAAACGACGAAUGAAAGGUAUUCUAGAAGAAAACCUGUUACCGAAAAAGCUAAUAACAUGGUGGAUAGCACCUCAAGUGAUUCUUUAAACGGAAACCUUCUCAAUGCUGAUGAUGAUAAUGAAGCUCAGAAGCCUCAACCCCAAUACUACCAUGAGUCUAAUGGAAACUGUAUCACAAAUUGUUGGACAAUGUGAUUCAGAAGUAAAAUGGAGUGCCAGGAUGAUAUCUACCUCCACCAUGUUAACAAAUCCUAGUGAUUGACAUAGCCAACCAGGCUCGUAAUUUAUAGAAUUCAAUUAA